AUGGAGGGCAUUGUGGCCCAUUACAAUGGCACCCAGCCAUUUUGUACCACCCAAGACAGGAGCAUAACCUGUGGGGUUCCUGCCAUCAAGCCCGUGGUCACCGGUUACUCUCGUAUCAUCAACGGAGAGGACGCAGUGCCCGGAUCAUGGCCCUGGCAGGCGUCCAUACGGGAGACACACGGAUGGCAUGUCUGUGGUGGGUCUCUGAUUGACCAGAACUGGGUUGUGACAGCUGCCCAUUGUGACGUGACGACCAAGAAUGUUGUAGUGCUCGGGGAAUUUGACUUCAACUCUCCCAAAGAGGACAUACAGAAGCUGGCUGUUCAGAAGGUCUUUGUCCACCCAGACUGGAGCCCUAGGAAUAUCAACAACGACAUCGCCCUCAUCAAGCUGGCCACCCCUGCCAAGCUAGUUAAGACAGUGUCCCCUGUGUGCCUGACAGAUGCCACAGACUCGUUCAAGGGUGGAGACAUUUGUGUCACCACUGGCUGGGGCAACACAUGCUACAAUGGUGGGUCUGAGAGGAGUCUUGGAUAUCCGGGGGUCUUCUUAUUCCUUGUGUUUUGGAUUGAAAUUGGUGUGCAGUUUGCAGAAGAAAAAACAAGUUGACCCAA